AAUUCACGAUUGUGAAUCCGUGACGUUUGGAAACGGCUGUUGACCUUUUCGCUGUCAAGUUAAAUGCGGAAAUGUAUUAAUUUUCGUAUUUUUUUAUACAAACUCAGUAAAAUUAUAUACUCACCAAUGUGCUGUGAAUAUUAUGUGAUAUAAAUAAGUGAACCUGAAUUCCGACGUUGAAACUACUUUCAACUCAUCGAACUUGUUCUGCGCCCCCGUAGGGCGUGUUACGUUUUUUUAUCAAUAAAACUAUAUAUGGAUCACGAGGAGGAGUAUCAUGAUCCGGACUACGCCGGCACGUCGUCCAGCAUCAAGGAAGAGACCACGACCCUCACCGAAGAGGAUAAAGUGGAGAAAAUCAGAAAUGUCGUUCGCCGGGAGUUCAAUAGGGAAUUGGAAGUGAGGGAGAACGAGAUAAUGUUGAUCGACCAGCGGAUGUGUACGUCGCGCCGUAUGCUGCACCGGUUGCGCUACGUGCUCGUGGAUAACUACUUCCACGAGCAGAAGCUGCAGCUCACCGCCGGCAAGGUGGAGAGUGAGGUGGCCAUGCAGCUGGAACCCAGGGCCAGAGCCGAGGUGUCGGCCGUGCUGCGUAACGAUCAGCGCCGGCUGCACCCGUCGGUGAGGAAGCUGCUCGGCAAGGACACCACGGACCUGGACGAGAUAUUCCGCAACCGGGGGCCCAGGAACAAGACCAGGAAAAAUUACUCAGCGAUGGUGCAGACGCGCAACUAUACGGUGUCUGGCGACAAGGGCCGGCCGCCGGCGGAGUCCCCGGAGCCCCCGGAGGUCCCGGAGCCCCCCCCGGGGGCGGCGGGCGGCAGCAGGCCCCGCAAGCUGCCGCGACAUAUCGAACCCAAACCACAGAAUGUAUGCACGCUGGACGCCGCCACCAGGAACAAGAUGAAGCACAGAUACAGAAUCAUUAUAGGCAACACGUCCAAGUACACGCCCCCGGCGUCCCGAGCGGACCGCGCCACGCACACGUGGCUGCUGUACGUGCGAGGACCGCCCGCACGACCGCAGCUCACGGCGCUCCUCACACACGUGCGCGUCAGGCUGCACCCCUCCUACGCGCCGCACCACACCGUGCUCGUGCAUAAGCCCCCGUUCCACGUGUGCCGGCGCGGGUGGGGCGAGUUCCCGGCGCUGGUGGAGCUGCACUUCCCGCUGCCGGACCGCAACCCGCCCGCAGCAGUCACGCACACCAUCAAGCUGGACCGGGACUACACCGGCCUGCAGACGCUCGGUGGGGAAACAAUAGUAGACGUGUGGUUGUACAGUUCGCCGGAAAUGUUAAAGUACGAGUUUAAAGAGGAAGACGAGGAGACACCGGCGGAAGUGGUCCCCAAAGAGCCAGAGAUCAAAACCGAGGUCCCCGAAGAGGAUACGGAGUGGAUGAACUUCUUCAACAAUGAGCCGACGGAGUUGGAUGUGGACGCUAUGAUCAUAAAACCUAACAAAGACAACGAUAUUAAUACAAAAGACGUAGAUGUAAAUACAGCUAAAGUUAAAGAAGAAAAUAUUACAGAUCUAGAGCCUUUAACGGAGAGUGCAGCCCAAAAUGAAUGUACCGACGAGGAACCGAAACAGAAUGAUUCCUCAGUAAAGUUGAGUUACAAAUGUUUGGACUCGCCCACAGAUAUACCGAAAGAGUUACUCAACCAGCCGACUUCCUUAAAGAAGAGAAUAAUGAAAUACAUAGAUCCCACGACGGGUAAGAUCUACUAUCUAGAAGUGGACCGGAAUUUAGAUCUGUCUAAAUGGCACGAGAUUAUUAUAAAUAACACGAAGAUCGCAAAAUUGAAUCCAAUCAAAUCGAAUGGAUUGAAGAAUGUAAGGAAAAAGAAAGGAGUGUCGUUGUUAAAGCCAGAAGUGCAGAACUUGUUGAAGAACGAUAGCAAUAACUUUAAUAUAUACUCGCAUAUAGAGAAUGACCAUUGUUAUUUAGCUUCCAAUUGGAAGAAAGCUAGUGAUUAUAAUGAGACUAGAAUUUUAGAGUACGUCGAGCCAACCAUAGAGGAUACGGUUGUUAAAGAGGAAGAGUCGCUGUACGAUUGUCUGUGUGGAGCGGUAGUUAGACUCACUAAUGUUCGCAUGGCUGUCGGAUACUUGCUGAAGAAGAUACCUCUAAUAAGCGAUGAAGCGAGGGAUCCAGAUUUCCUAAAAUAUUUCCCAUUUGUGGUGGAGAACGAACAGAAGUAUUGGAAGUUGGAUAUCGCGAAACGGAGAAAUAUUGAGUGGUCAAGAGCGAAACUAAUAAACAAAAUUCUAACAAAUCACCUAGUCACAAAAGAGCAGAUAUGGCGAACAAAGCAGAUCCUGGUGUACUCUCGGCUGCACGGCUACCACGAGCUGCGACCGGAGGCCGACCAGCCGCCGCCGGAGACCGACGAGUGGUCCUCCUGGAACGAUCUCGAAAAUUCCAGAAGGAUGGAGUCCAACAUCCGGCAGAUAUACCCGAACGCGGCGGAUAUAUCCAGUCUUAGUGUGUUCAAUAGUGAAAUAUAUGACAAUAGCUUAUCGGAGUCCAUCGAAGUGACGGACUCUGAUGAGGAGGUGGAUAUAGUGCAGUGUGAGUUGCCAGUUAAAGUGAUAAAAGAAAUAAACGAAGCCCCCUCCGACUGUGAUAGUGGUCUGACAGUGUUGCCAGUGGAGGACGAGGAUGACAGACUGAGGUUCAUGUACAUAGAGAAGAAGUGCGCCGACAUCGGUAUAGAGCUGAGGAAUGAGGAUGUUGGGAACGGAUACUCUUACAGCGCGGUGCACGCGGUGGUGUCCGCGGCGACGCGUUGUUACCUGGACGACCUCCUGCGGGCCGCGCUCGCCGCCGCGCGCCGCACGCCCACUCACCUGCCGCCGGUCUGGACCGGGUCAGUCACACACCAUUAUUUUAUACUGAACACUAACUAACCACCCACAGGAUGG